AUGGCCCGACUGACCUUAAACGUCACCGCUACCUCGUCUCUGCCCCACUACGGGGCGGUUAAGAUUGUGGUUGGGUUGGAUUUGGUUGCUGACGCCGUCCAGGCCAGACAGAAAGUGGAGUUGCGGGGAGGCGAGAAUCAUAAUCGCACGAGACUGCCUCGGUCAGACAGUUCCGAUCAAUUGCACCGUCGAAUCUCCUCAUCAGACACACUUUCCGUCGAAAUGGAAAUGCAUACAUUGCAAGUUUGUAUUCCUCAGGUUCAGAUAGUCCCGAUGCUUCAUGUCCUCAUGAACCACCAACUCGUCAUUACUGCAGCUGAAACGUUGAAAAGUCCACGCCAAUGCUGCUGCUGCUGCUGCUACUAUUGUUUCUGA